AUGCAUGGUCCUCGUCAGGCAGCUCCCUACAUCUUCCGCGAUGAUGGAGAAUUAGUCUGGUCGGGCUACGGCUAUUACUCCAUCUGGGCAACGAACUUCCAGAAGGCACGCUGGAAGGGCAAGGACAUUCUCUUCAGCUUUGAGGGAGACCACAAUGCGGGCUAUGGUCAUGGUCAUGGUCAUACUACUAUCUUGGACCAGCAUUACGAGACCAUUCGUGAGCUGCGCGCGGGGAAUCACAAGUUGACCGAUAAACAUGAAUUCCAUAUCAUCAAUGAGGAAACCGCUCUCAUUCAAAUUUAUCAGCCCAUCCCCAAGGACCUUACUCGAUGGGGAGCAAGCCCCGAGCAACAGUGGAUUGUCAAUGCUAUCUUUCAAGAGCUAGAUAUAGAAACUGGAGAGCUCCUCUUUGAGUGGUCUAGUUUGGACCAUGUUCUCCCUGACGAGGCCAUCUUACCCAUUAACCCGGGCCAAGCCGGCUCCGGUUACAACUCGUCGGAUGCGUGGGAUUACUUCCACAUCAACUCCGUCGACAAAGAUUCCGAGGGUAACUAUCUCAUCUCGGCUCGCGAUGCCUGCGCAGUCCACAAGAUCAACGGCUCCACCGGCGAGAUUAUCUGGCGCCUGGGUGGUGUCAAGUCCGACUUCGAUCUUGGGCCCAACGUCAAGUUCUGCUUCCAGCAUCACGCGCGCUUUGUCUCUAGGGACGGUGAUAAAGAAGUUAUCUCGCUCUAUGAUAACUCUGCUCAUGGAACUGAGAACGGCCGUGGCAGUGAAGUCCACACCCAUCCCUUCUCCCAGGGCAAAAUCAUCGAGAUCAAUACGGCUACUUGGAAGGCCUCCAUUGUCCAAGCCUUCCAGCCUCCCGAUGGUCUCCUAUCAAAAUCUCAGGGGAGCACCCAGCUCCUCCCCAACAGGAAUGUGCUCGUCAAUUGGGGCUCUGAAGGUGCCCUAACCGAAUUUCGUCCCGACGGUACCCCUAUCUUCCAUACAUACAUGGACUCUGGUUUCUUGGGUUUGGGUGUCGAGAACUACCGUGGCUUCCGGUAUAACUGGACCGGUCUUCCCAAUGAGACGCCGGCCAUUGUUUCUCUCGAGAACGAUCAGGGCACUACUGUGUACGUCUCUUGGAACGGAGAUACCGAAACCAAGGUCUGGCGCUUUUACCAAGUUACGGAUGAGUAUGGCUCGCGGCAGUACCUUGGCGAGACCAAACGUACUGGUUUCGAGACUGCCUUUUCCCUUAAAUCCGGCAAUGUUCAUACGGUGUCUGCUGAAGCUAUCGGUGCUAAUGGCCGUGUCUUGACUUCGACCGGCAUCGUAAAGACACAGGUUGAAAUCUUACCUCCACCCAAAGGAGUAGAAGCCUCGUCAUCCGUUUCGCUUCAAGACAAGAUGCAGCCCCAGAUUUACUUGGGCCAGAAGAGCCGCUGGGAGGAGCACAUGAUCCUGAAGGUCGAUCGCUUCCAUCUGGAUUAA